AUGGCGGCAUCAAGUAGAGGCCAGAGAGUCUUCCAAUUAGCUUCGAGGUCAACUCCUAGGUUGACGCCGCGAUGCUCGAUAAGACGUUGCCCCCUUCCAGUACGGUACUACUCAGCCAUCAACGCCGAGUCGAGCCCGAGCCAGACCUCACCCUCGCCUCCGCCUCCCACCACAACUCGCCCGCCGCCUCCCGAGCCCGCCUCGAUCUCCACAGACAACGCACGCUACCUCAUCAAGGCCGGUGUGAUCCUCACUCGCCCACCACUCAUUACCAAGGAGCAGACUUCGUUCGAGAGCGCCUACUACUUUUACCAAAAGAGGCUCAACGAGCGUCUCGUCCUGCCCUUCAGCCAAAAGGCCUACUUCAAGCAUGACACGCCGCCGCAGCUCGACUGGGCCGUGAAGUUGAAGGAGCGCAACGGCGUGGUAGCACGAGAAAUCGGCCAAUAUAAUGGCCGCUCGGCAACUGCUUGGGACGAUGAAUUGAGGGUGGGGGAUAAGUUGUCGAGCCCCGAGUCGUUGAUGGAGUCGCUGUUGAAGGAUGCGGAGGUGAGGGUCAGCGAAGAUGCUGAGGAGAUUCCUCCCGAGGAGCGGGUGCCCGUCGAGAGGCCGAUGCCUCGAGUUACGGAGGCGGAUCAGAAGAACGAUGUACAGAGGCUGGAUAGGCAGUUAGAUCGCACUCUGUACUUGGUGGUGAAGACGAGCGAGGGCAAGUGGGAGUUCCCUACGGCCCCCGUCUCGACAGAUGAAGCGCUGCACGAGGCUGCCCGUCGUGCUCUCGAUGACUCCGCCGGAGUCAACAUGAACACCUGGAUCGUUGGCCGCGUACCCGUAGCGCACCUCGUCAACAAGCCGGUCACCGACAAGGACGGAAACGAGACGCAGCGCGGCGUCAAGUCGUUCUUCCUCAAGGGCAGGAUCAUGGCGGGUCAGGCCGAUCUCAACGAGAACCGGUUCGGCCUGCAAGACUUCAAGUGGCUUACUAGGGAGGAGCUCAAGGAGACGCUGGCUCCGGAGUACUUCCACGGUGUACGAAAUAUGAUGGCUGAGAGAUGA